AUGUCCCAAUUUCAAGUAUAUGUUGGCAGGGAGAUAUCACCCGAGAGGGGUCUUGGAGCAAGAGUUGUGAAGGACCUGACUCGUAGCCUCAUUCACAAGUACCAUAACAUAUUUUGUGAUAACUUCUUUAGCAGUAUUGGCCUAUUCCAGGACUUGCAUGAAGAACGAGUGUAUGCCACUGGAACUCUCAGAUCUGACCGCCAUGGGUUCCCUACAGAGCUGAAGGUCCAUGCGAAGAAAGGGUUCCAUAUGAGAGGAAAGAGUGAGAGCAGACAGCAUUGUCACAAUAACCUGACAGUUAGUGUAUGGCAGGAUACGAAACCAGUGAAAGUAUGUUCCGCAUUCUGUCAGACUGUCCCACUGGAUGAAGUGGAGAGGAAACUGAAGACUGGUGAAUGUCACAAUUUCCCCUGCCCUCAUUCAAUCAACACCUACAACAAAUAUAUCGUGGGAGUAGACAGAAAUGACCAGUUGAGAGAGUAUUAUCAUGUCAGACUCAAGAGCAGAAUGUACUACAAGUGCCUGUUCUGGAUGGUGUUUGAUGUUGCUGUAACUAAUGCCAUCAUAAUUGCCAAAUCAAAUCCUGACCAUCAUCAAGUUGUGAAAUCAACUAAAGCUUUCCGUACAGCUUUGUUACACAAGCUACUGGAUGGAUAUUGCUCAAUAAAGAGAAAGGGAAGACAACUUUCUGAAUUGACUACAAAAAAGUUCUGUAAGGCACACUAUCCUCUAAUUGGUGAUGGCAAGCAACAUCGAUGCUACUACUGCUUUUUGGCAAACAAAGAAAAGGACACGAAGUUGUAUUGUGAAGAAUGCCAAGUGUACUUACGCUACAAGGGUCAGGAAACCGACUGCUUUCUGCAGUACCACAAACACCAUGACUGA